AUGUCAGACUUUUUCUUGACUUGGGCCUUGAGAGCAACAGCAGGGGAUCGGACAGACAGUGUGCUGCUGUUUAACCCCACCAGGCUGGACGACGGCAAAACAAUAAAAUGCCAAGCUCGGAAUCCGAAUCUGCCAAAUGUGGCCGUCCUGGAAGACUCCCAGCUGCUGCGGGUUCUAUAUCCACCUGUUUUGGACUUGAGAUUCGGAAACAAACUGGACCCAGAGAACAUCAAAGUCGGCGAUGAUGCCUAUUUCGAAUGCGAUGUGCAAGCGAGUCCGCCGCUGAGGUCCUUGGUGUGGAAACGGGAGGUGGUUGUUGAUAAAAACAGCAGAACAACCUUGGAAGACCUGAUGAUUGCCCCUCUAUUGGAGUGA